AUGAAUCGUCGCCACCACUCCCCCGUAUCUGCUGUGCAGAAACUCCUGCAGCCCUUGACCUCCUUCCAGCACUCGGUUUUAUUGGCGACCGCGGGCACCCUGUGCGCCCUGCUGGUGAUGAAGAUCGCCCAGAGGCUGAACGGAGCGACGAGGCAUGGCACGGCUCAAAACCAAGACGAAACCAUGCGGGGAAAGACUGUGAUCGUGACCGGAGCCAAUGCUGGCAUCGGCUUCGCGACGGCCAUGGAACUUGCCGCCAAGGGCGCUCGGGUCAUCCUGGCUUGCCGCUCUCCCUGCCGGGGCCAGGGAGCCGCGAAGGCCAUCCGGGAGCUCACGGGCAACAAGGAGGUCAUCUGCAAGACUGUGGACAUGGGUUGCAUGCACUCCGUGAAGGCCUUUGCCACGGAGAUCCUCUCGACGGAGCCGCGCCUCGACGUGCUCAUCAACAACGCUGCUGUUACUGGUCCCAACGACCGAAGGCUGACGGAAGAAAACCUCGAAGUCACUUUCGCCACAAACUACAUGGGACCAUUUUUACUCACUAAUCUACUGUCGGACUUGCUGCAGCUCAGCGCCCCAAGUCGAGUCGUGAACGUGACGUCAUCAAUGUACACCAUGGGCAAGAUCACUCUCAAUGACCUCAACUCGGCCAAUGGCUAUCCGGGAGCCGAAGCGACUUACUCCAAGAGCAAGCUUGCGCUUAAUCUAUUCACCGUGGAACUCGCCAGGAGGCUCAAAGGCAGCGGGGUGACUUGCAAUGCUCUCCAUCCGGGAGUCGUGGCGACCCAGUUCAACCGGAAGGAGCACGACUUACGGCACUUCCUGUGGAAUGUCUUUCUUCAAGCGUUUGGAAAGAGCCCACGCGACGGUGCUCGGACAUCGCUCCAGCUCGCCACGGCUGCUCAACUGGAAGACGUGACGGGAAAGUAUUUCGUGUCGAACGGCGAAGCACCCUGGUCUUCGACGGUCCUCGACGAGGACCUCGCAGGGUCCUUAUGGAAGAAAAGUGAAGACAUCGUGCACAAUGUUUUGGGCACGCCAAUGUAG